CCAAAUCUCCUCCCAAAGUCUAACACGAUUAUUUUACUUUCCAAGAUUUCUUAUCAUUAUUAUUAUUAGUUUCUUGCAUAGACCAAACAGAAAGACGUAUAGGUUCUUUUCUUUGGAAUAUAUAAUUAAUAAAAAAAAUUCUGUAUUUACAUUAUCUUGUGGACUUUGUUCUGGUAUCUGAUUGCCUUGUUGAAGAGGUGUCCCUGUAGGCUGUAGAUUCUUUGUUUGAUUGAUGGUAUUCUUAGAGAUAUAUAUAAACAUAGGGUUGGAUUUGUUUUGAUUUUAACGAGAAUUCUUUGUUGCAUGCCUGUUUGUUUUCUGAGAAAAAUGGAGAGGAUUGUAGAACUGCUUCAGAAAAUGGAGAAUAUGAAUGUUGUACUGAUUCAGAAAAGUUUGGUUGUUCUGUUCACUAUUGUCUUCUUUUGGAAGCUCAUAAAAUACAUGUGGAGCUUCUUGAAUAUGGAGAAGGAUCCUGUGACUGUUUUGGUCACCGGUGCUGCAGGGAAAAUAGGGUAUGCUAUUGUUCCGAUGAUUGCGAGGGGGGUCAUGCUAGGCCCUGACCAGCCUGUAAUUCUGCACAUGCUUGGUAUUGAACCUGCAGCUGAAGCCUUGAAUGGGGUGAAAAUGGAACUAAUUGAUGCUGCCUUUCCUCUUCUCAAAGGUGUUGUUGCUACAACCGAUGCUCAGGAAGCUUGUAAAGAUGUCAAUAUUGCUAUUAUGGUCGGUGGGUUCCCGCGGAAGGAAGGUAUGGAAAGAAAGGAUGUGAUGUCGAAAAAUGUAUCAAUCUACAAGGCUCAAGCUUCAGCACUAGAAAAGCAUGCUGCUUCAGAUGUCAAGGUUCUGGUGGUUGCCAAUCCAGCAAACACUAAUGCACUCAUCUUGAAAGAAUAUGCACCUAAAAUUCCAGAGAAGAACAUCACAUGUCUUACAAGACUAGAUCAUAACAGAGCUUUGGGACAAAUCUCCGAGAAGCUAAACGUUCACGUUGGUGACGUGAAGAAUGUUAUCAUCUGGGGCAAUCACUCUUCAACUCAGUAUCCUGAUGUUAAUCAUGCAACUGUCACAACUAGCAGUGAAGAGAAGCCUGUCAGGGAACUUGUGGCUAAUGAUCAAUGGUUAAAUACCGAGUUCAUCACCACUGUGCAGCAGCGCGGUGCAGCCAUUAUUAAGGCUCGGAACCUAUCAAGUGCAGUAUCUGCUGCAAGUUCCGCUUGUGAUCACAUACGUGAUUGGGUUCUUGGGACUCCUAAGGGGACAUGGGUUUCAAUGGGAGUGUACUCUGAUGGUUCUUAUGGAAUUCAGAAAGGCCUAAUUUAUUCCUUCCCUGUUACAUGUGAGAAAGGACAAUGGUCAAUUGUGCAGGGACUCAAGAUUGACGAGUUCUCGAGGGGGAAGUUGGAUGCAACUGCAAAAGAGCUCAUUGAGGAGAAAUCGUUGGCCUACUCAUGUCUUAAUUGAAAAUGAACUUCUCUUAUCUCAUGGAAUAAUGAUAGGAGCCUUGGACGGGCUCAGUAAUCCAUCAAAUAAAUUAAUAACACAAAUUUGUUUUCUACGUAGUUGUAGACAGUAUGUGAUUUGUUAUCCAAUUGUUAGUUUUUCUGUGGCUAAAUUGUUCAUCACAGUGCAUGCACAUGCUUAUAUCAAUUAUUUAUUGCAAUAUAUUCAUAAGACCUA